UGCUCCUCCUACACCUUCCCCAAAAUAAUGGGCCUCGCCAAGGCCAGUGAGAUGCUGCUGUUCAACAAGAAGCUGACGGCGGUCCAGGCCUGUGAACUCGGUCUGGUCACCGAGGUUUUCCCUGACAGCAGCUUCCAGUCGGAGGUUUGGACCAGACUGAAGGCCUACGCCAAGCUGCCCCCCAACUCUCUGGCGCUCUCUAAACAGCUGAUGCGCUCGGUGGACAGGGAGCGUCUCCACGCGGUGAACGACGCCGAGGUGGAGCGUCUGAUGGAGCGCUGGACGUCGGACGAGUGUUUCAACGCCGUCAUGAGCUUCUUCCAGGCCAAGGCCAAACUCUGAGCGAGGUGUGAGUGUGAACAGAUCGGUAAUCGGGGCGAAAUGUAAACGGCGGUGGGAGCAGCUCCGUCCUGCAGGCGGCGUGCCUCCACACGCUGACCCGUUAGUUCCCUCCUGAAUGAGACUGAUUCUCUGGAGAGAAGUAGAUUAACUGCUGUCUGGUUUACUGCGUGUGAAACUGUCCUGAAUGUUACUCGUAGAUGAAGAGCAGCCAGCCAAUCACAGAGCAGCGCUAACGUUAACUAACCUUCACUCUCGCUGCAGCCGCCUGUCUGACUGAGAACAUCACGAUGUCUGUAACCUUCCUGUGACUCGAGGUUAAAGUGCCUUAAACUCUUUGUAGCUCGCCACUCUGUCCCCUCAAUUAAAGAAACUUUGGAAUUAUUCAAAA